CGUGUUGUCGGGUUGUCUUGUAGAACUUUCUUCCUUCUUCGGCGUUUCUUGUGUCGCAAGUGGCAUGAGACAGGCGAGCAGCGAAUGGAACUACUGCGGAGAAACGAGAGCGGGGCGGAGCGGAGACAGCUUCGGGAGAGAGUGAGGACCGGGCCGAGGGUACGGAGCUGAGGGGCUGAGCAGAGUGAGACGGAGAGGUUGACUGGGACGGGUUUUCAUUGGAGGCGGUUUCAUCUUGUAGUGUCCAGAAGUUUCCGGAUAAAGUGCCCACCCGACGUUGAUGGCAACCCGCUGCACUAAUAUGGUGGCAGGAGUUUCCUCUGCGGAGCUGGAACGUUCUCAAGGUAACCAUGGCGAUGGAACUGCAGGUGACGAGGCAACGGCACGUUUCUGGAGGGUCACUGCUGCGGGCGUCGAGCGUCAUCGAGGCCCAGAAGUCCUGGAUAGAGAAGACGUUCAGCAAGAGGGAGUGUAUCAAGUUUGUGCUGAAUCAGAGAGACCCCCAUAGGAGAUGCGGAUGCGGGAGGCUGGAGGGGGAACAUUCCUCGGAAGCGAGGAGCGCCCAGAGCACAUCCUGCAUGGAGGAGGUUCGAUGGAGCCCAGCUGCACACACGGAGGAGAGCCCGUCAGACGCAUUCGGCACACUGGAGUUCCAGGGGGCUGGGCACACCAGCAAGGCACAGGUUUGUUUGAGCCCGGCAGCACACACGGAGGAGAGUCCGUCAGACGCCUUCGGCACACUGGAGUUCCAGGGGGCUGGGCACACCAGCAAGGCACAGUAUGUUCGGAUGUCCCAUGACACAAAGCCAGACAUCAUUCUCCAGCUGCUGAUACCAUACCAUGGUGGACCCCCUGAGUACGGGAGCCAUCCUGAACAGCACACAUCUCACAGCAGAGGAUAUCUAUCAGACAUACGAAGGGUGUGCCUGUAGUGUGUGUGGUUGUGGAGGGAGGACCCAACGUGAUCCACACAGUGUGUGAGUACACCAAGGAGGUCCCUCCUGUGCCUGUCGUGGUUCUGGACGGGAGUGGUAGAGCAGCCGACCUACUGGCCUUCACUCACAAGUACGCCAAGGAAAAUGGAACCAUGGUGAGCUCCCUGAGGGACCAGCUCCUGGCGACCAUCGAGACCAUCUUCAGCUACUCACACGAGCAGGCACAGCAUCUCUUCAUCGUGCUCAUGGAGUGUGUCAAGAAAAAGGAACUGAUCACCGUGUUCAGGCUGGGAGACGACCAGAAGGAUUGUCAGGACAUCGACCUGGCCAUCCUCACUGCUCUGCUGAAAGGCCAGCGGCUGUCCGCUCCAGAGCAGCUGAACUUGGCCCUGACCUGGGACAGAGUGGACAUUGCGCGCAGCCAGAUCUUUGUCUAUGGACAGAAAUGGCCGCCUCACAAGAAGGUGGGUUCCCUUGAGCAGGCCAUGAUGGACGCUCUGGUGAACGACAGGGUCGACUUCGUACAACUCCUACUGGAGAACGGGGUCAGCAUGCAGAAAUUCCUCACCAUCGCCAGGCUGGAGGAGCUCUACAACACCAACGGGGUCAGCAUGCAGAAAUUCCUCACCAUCGCCAGGCUGGAGGAGCUCUACAACACCGUAAGUCGUUUGUUUGUUUGUUUACUGGAGAACGGGGUCAGCAUGCAGAAGUUUCUCACCAUCGCCAGGCUGGAGGAGCUCUACAACACCAACGGGGUCAGCAUGCAGAAGUUUCUCACCAUCACCAGGCUGGAGGAGCUCUACAACACCAACGGGGUCAGCAUGCAGAAGUUUCUCACCAUCGCCAGGCUGGAGGAACUCUACAACACCGUAAGCCUGUUUGUUUUUUGUUUGUUUGUUUGUUUGUUUACUGGAGAACGGGGUCAGCAUGCAGAAGUUCCUCACCAUCGCCAGGCUGGAGGAGCUCUACAACACCGUAAGUCGUUUGUUUGUUUGUUUGUUUGUUUGUUUGUUUGUUUACUGGAGAACGGGGUCAGCAUGCAGAAGUUCCUCACCAUCACCAGGCUGGAGGAGCUCUACAACACCAUAAGUCGUUUGUUUGUUUGUUUGUUUGUUUGUUUACUGGAGAACGGGGUCAGCAUGCAGAAGUUCCUCACCAUCGCCAGGCUGGAGGAGCUCUACAACACCAAACAAGGUCCAAGCAAUACACUACACUACCUUGUCAGGGAUGUGAAAAAGAACAUGACGAGUAACUCCAGGUACAACCUAAUUGACAUCGGCCUGGUGAUAGAAAAGUUGAUGGGUGGAGCCUACCGCUGUGCCUACACUCGCAAGAAGUUCCGCCUGCACUAUGCACAGACUACACAGAAGAAGAGCUUCCAACCCCUUUCCCACUUCUCUCAGUUUUCUCGUAAGUACUUGAGUCGAGCGAUUUCCUCGGAGCUGACGAGUGUGAAGAUCGAGCACGACGUCGUCCCGCCCAAGCCCACCUUCCAGUACCCGUUCCACGAGCUGUUCGGCUGGGCUGUGCUCAUGAAGAGGCAGAAAAUGGCACUCUUCUUCUGGAAGCAGGGAGAGGAAGCUUUAGCAAAGGCACUAUGUGCCAGUAAACUCUACAAAGCCAUGGCCUACGAGGCAGCGGAGGAUGAUCUUGACCCUGACAUCUCAGAGGAACUGCGCCAGAACUCCAAAAAAUUCCAGAACCUGGCCCUACAACUGCUGGAUCACUGCUACCGCCAAGACGACACCAAAGCUAUGCAGUUGCUGACCUACGAGCUGAAGUACUGGAGCAAGCAGACCUGCCUCAGCCUGGCGGUGGCAGCGAACCAUCGGGAGUUCAUCGCCCACACCUGCUGCCAGGUCCUGCUCAGUGACAUGUGGAUGGGAGGCCUGCAGAUGAGGAAGAGCAGCGGCCUUAAGAACGCAGACGACACGAUCGACCUGGCGAACAUCUCGGCCGCAGCCCAGCGGAAGAUGGGGAUCGAUGAGGAGGUCCUGGCCGUGCUCAACGCGCCGGUCGUCGAGUCCAAGAAGAGCUCCCUCAGGCUGGGCAAGAAGAUCUACGAGUUCUACAACGCUCCCAUCACCAAGUUCUGGGUCCACACCAUGGCGUAUGUGGUGUUCCUGAUGCUGUUUAACUACGUGGUUCUGGAGCGGACCGGACCAUUCCCCGGCUGGGAGGAGUGGUACAUCAUUGCUUACAUCGUCACUCUGGCUGUGGAGAAAGUCAGGGAGAUCCUAGUAUCGGAGCCCAGUAAACUAACCCAGAAGUUCUGGGUCUGGUGGGACGACAACUGGAAUCGCUGCGACACCAUCGCCAUCCUGGCCUUCCUGGUGGGCGUCGGCCUGCGUUUCCAUGACAACACCAUCCCGUACGGCCGCGUGCUCUACUGCGUGGACAUCAUCUUCUGGUACAUCCGGCUGCUGGACAUUCUCUCCGUCAACAAGUACCUGGGACCCUACGUCAUGAUGAUAGGAAAAAUGAUGGUGGACAUGCUGUACUUUGUCAUUAUCAUGCUGAUCGUCCUGAUGAGCUUCGGAGUCGCCCGACAGGCCAUCCGCCAUCCCGACGAGGACCCGUCAUGGACAAGUGCCAAAAACAUCUUCCUCGAGCCCUACUUCAUGUUGUAUGGGGAGGUCUAUGCUGGCUCUAUUGAUCCCCCCUGUGGUCUGAAGAACGCAGACGGCAGCCCCCAGGUGGGUUCUGACGGGAACCUGGUGCCAGACUGCAUCCCCGGUGCCUGGAUCACUCCAGCCAUCAUGAACCUUUCCCUGUUUGCAGCGCCGUGUGGCCUGAAGAACGCAGACGGCAGCCCCCAGGUGGGUUCUGACGGGACCCCGGUCCCAGACUGCAUCCCCGGAGCCUGGAUCACCCCAGCAAUCAUGACCCUGUACCUCCUGGUGGCCAACAUCCUGCUCAUCAACCUCCUCAUUGCUGUCUUCAACAACACGUUCUCCCAGAUCAAGACCAUCUCCAACCAGGUGUGGAGGUUCCAGCGUUUCCACCUGAUCAUGGAAUACGAGCAGCGCCCCAUGCUGCCCAUGCCUCUCACCAUCCUGUACCACAUCUACAUGCUUCUGAAAUACCUGGUCUGUGUGUGCUCACGGUGCAGGCACAACAACCUCUACAGCGACAAGGGACUCAUAACCACCGUACUCAUUCUCUCACUCACUCACUCACCCACUCACUCACUCACACACUCAUGCACACACUCACUCACACACACUCAUCACUCACUCACGAUCCUGUACCACAUCUACAUGCUUCUCAAGUACCUGGUGUGUGUGUGCUCACGGUGCAGGCACAACAACCUCUACAGCGACAAGGGACUCAAACUGUUCCUGUCAGACGAUGAUGUAGAGAGGCUUCAUGACUUUGAGGAAGAGUGUGUGGAGGAGUACUUCAGGGAGAAGGAAGACGCCUACGGCUCCUCCACUAACGAGAGGAUCAGGAUGACGCAGGACAGAGUGGAGCACAUGGCCAGUACACCAGCAUCACAGACUCCAUCGACAUCACCUGCCUGUCCGACCACUCCAACCACUCACAGAGCCCGCUGUCCCCCAUCGAGCUCCCGCGCUUCCCCAAGGACUUCAAGUUCGACAUGGCGAAGUACAGCGCCGAGAACCACGCCGAGGGCGAGGACACGCAGACCGCCAUCCGACGGGCGGAGGAGAGCGACAUCGAGCUGAGCGAACUCGCCAACCGGACCUGGAAGCUGUCCAACGACUCGACCCCGCGGCUGAGGAACGUGAGGCGCAAGCAUCACCGCACGGACAAAACAGGGUCGCCCAAACAUUCACCCAAAUCUUCCACAGUGCAGGACAGGAGAGACUCCUUGCAGGCUGCGCCGGAAGUGCAAGAUGCUGCUGGUAGUUCCCCGAAGGCUGCUGCAGAGAAGCCGAUGCAGACCGUGCUUCCCACAGUUGUGGUGGAGACGGAGACCCACUGUUAGAUCAGCAAUAUGCUCAUGUUUAUAUGCACAUCAGGCUCUGCAGCAGUUCCUGAACACUUGAGCACAAAAUUCAGCUGUUUUAGUGGACAGUGUUAUGAGCAAAGAACUGAACUUCACAAAACACUGGAAUAGCUUAUAGGACUCCAGCUGAAAUUCAUCAACCUUGUUCACAAGAUUGAACCAUCUACUACUGUUUGCUGUUAUGACACGUGACUGCAGCAGCAGGUCGAUAGUCCACCCCACAAACAGAGACGGGGGGCGCCAUAGGUUAUCCGGCACGUACGACCAGUUGCUUCAGUCUCAAGUCUGUAAUGUCACAUGACAGAAGAAGGUGGUCGACAAGUCCACUCAGUGAACAGGGUUGAUGGAAAAUUCUAAAUUCAUUUGAGUGUUAGUUUUGUGAAGUUCAGUCCUUUGGUCAUAGUUCCUGAGCAUAAUAAUGUCCAAAACUUGCUUUUCUUACAGAAGUGCCCAUUGACUGUAUUUAACAUUGCCAUGUAUCAUGGCCUAUAAUUGUGUGUCAGACUCUAUAAGUCCAGCUUGUAAAGCAUUUAUUAUUAUAUAAGAGUCUACACAUAUUCAUAUAGAUAGAUAGAUAAGAACAUAAAGUUUGCAAUAGAGCUUCAACCAUAUCAAAGUGUCUGCAGUUUGUGACUCGAAGAUUGAACCAUUGGGACAUGUGUCCUGUAACAGUAGCAAUAUCUCCAGGCCCUGCAUACAAGUGGUCUGUUGAUCUAGAUUACAUUUUAACAAUCAGCUAGUGCAAUAUGAAAUAGAUGAUAGCCGUCCACUGGAGUUGUAUGAACUGUAUACAGAUGGUAAUAUGAAUUGUGUAUAGAUGUACUUAUUAGUAUAGAACUGCAAUGGAACAAGGCACAGAUACCAUACAAGGUACACACCCUGCAAGAGCAUAUGUAGUACAUGAUUCUACAUGAUUACAAGUCUUUAG